CCAGUCGAUUAAUUAAAUAUUUUAUCAAAAAAAGUCUGUACUAAUUUUUCGUCUUUUGUAUUAAAAAUAAUUCAAUGGUUUAAUUAGCCGAUAAUUAAGUCGAUUAUUUGAAUGUUUUAUCAGAAAAAGCGACCUCGACUUUUUUUAAUAAAUCGAUUAUAAAAAAAAUCAUUAAGAUGCAACAGCUGUUCUCUAACGAAAAAAGACUUGUGUAAAAGGGUUUCAGAGAUGAAUAAUCCAACCAGCUGAUUAUACAAACAAACAAAGAUUCUGUAGAAAAUAUAAAUCGUCUGUAAUUUUUGUUAUUUUAUAAAGUUUAAAUAAUUAAAAUCAUUUAUAAAACAAUAUGAGACGACGAGCGGGACUAGGAGCAAUACAACAGCAACAAUUUGCUGCUGAAAAGUAUAAAGACAAGGGCACAGAUAUACAGGAAUCUCAAUUGGAACAAAUGUCGAAGCAAAUGGAAGUAUUUCGGGAAAAACUAGAAGAAUUUGCAAUUAAACAUAAGCAGGAUAUUAAAAAGAAUGCACAGUUCCGUAAGCAAUUUCAAGAAAUGUGCGCUGCCAUCGGUGUAGAUCCUUUAGCAAGCGGUAAAGGUUUUUGGAGUGUUCUUGGCAUGGGAGAUUUUUAUUAUGAACUCGGUGUCCAGGUGGUGGAAGUAUGCUUAGCAUCAAAUCAUAAAACCGGAGGCCUUAUGGAAUUGAAUGAACUGAGAAGCCGUUUAAUUGCUGCUAGGGGUCAAAGCUCAAUUCAUCAGGAAAUAACAAAUGAAGACAUAUUAAUGGCUACGAAGAAGCUUAAUAUUUUUGGUAAUGGUUUUGUUGUUCAUAAACUUGGAAAAGGAAAAUAUAUUGUACAAUCCAUACCCGGCGAAUUGAGUAUGGAAGAGACAACAAUUCUCACUGUUGCAUCUAAUAACGAACAAGGCUACGUAACUCUUACAAUUUUAAUAGAACAAUUGGGAUGGCCUGAUUAUCGAGCACGACAAUCCUUGGAAAAAGUUGUUAGCGAAGGUCUUUGUUGGAUUGAUGAUCAAGCUGAUGAUGAACGGCGUUAUUGGUUUCCUAGUUUAUUUCCAGCUCGUACAACACAAACAACAAAUGCUUAAUUAAUACUUAACACAAUUUUUCCAUCAUUUCAUAUUUAGGCAUAGAAUUAUUAUAAAGAAAAUAUUAAAACAAUAAAAAAAAUUUAUUUAUAAAAAGAAUAA